GUUUGGCGUCCUUCCUGGGCAGCGCUGCUCCGCUCCGGAGCCCGCCUGGGGAGAUAGCGGGGGUGAAAGGGCGCCUGGCGCUCCUCCACGGGCUCGGGUCAAUCGUUAAUCGGGGAGGGAUUGCUCUCCGCUCCCGCAGGUAACCUCCCCGCGGCUCCCACCCGCACAAAACCAGCACCCCCGGCAGCGGGGUGGAGCUGCAGCGCUGCGAGCCGAGCCUCUCGCAGGGCCAUGGGAACGUGAGCACACGGGAGGGACCUGGGCGACAAGCUGCGAGCCUUGGCUAGCGACAGAGGUGACAGCCAGCCCUCACCAUGGUGUCCAUGGGGCUCCAGCUGCUGGGCUACACCGUGGCCUUCCUGGGCUACAUCGGCACGCUGACGGCCACGCUGCUGCCCAGCUGGAAGACCAGCUCCUACAUCGGCUCCAGCAUCGUGACGGCCGUCAGCUUCACCAAGGGGCUGUGGAUGGAGUGCGCCACGUACAGCACGGGCAUCACCCAGUGCGACAUCUACAGCUCCCUGCUCAACCUGCCCGCCGACGUCCAGGCGGCCCAAGCCCUCAUGGUGAGCUCCUGCGCCGUGUCCUCGCUGGCCUGCCUGAUCUCUGUCCUGGGCAUGAGGUGCACCGUCUUCAGCCAGGGCUCGCCGGGCAAGGACCGGGUGGCGGUGGCGGGCGGCGCGGUCUUCGUGCUCGGGGGGCUGCUGUGCUUCAUCCCGCUGGUGUGGAACAUCCACGUGGUGCUGCGGGAUUUCCGCAACCCCGUCAUCCCCGACAGCAUGAAGUUCGAGCUGGGGGAGGCUCUUUACCUCGGCAUCAUCUCCUCCCUCCUCCUCCUCGUCGGCGGCUUCAUCCUGUGCACCUCCUGCCCUGCCCGGGACACCACGGCCGCCUACACCAGCGCCUACCAGCCCCAGCUUCUGGCCAGCAAGAGCCCCCAGCCCUCUGUCAGCCAGGCGCAGAAGACCAAGAGUGAAGUCAAUUCCUACAACCUGACGGGAUACGUGUAGGGCUGCAGGGGGAACCAGGCUGGCACCUCUCCCGGCUCCCCAGAGCGUCCGGGCUGGCACCAAGGGAGCGCGGUAAGAGCAGAGGGCACGGCAGCAUCGCCCUCUCAUCUGCUUGGGGAGGGGGGGUUGGCCCCGCUCUCUCCCUGGGAUUCUGAGAGCCUUGUGACUGCUCGGAGAUCCCAGCUGGUGGCUUACACUGCUGCAGGACCCUGAAUCCGCCUUCUGUUCUUUACUCCGCGCUGCCUGCUCGCAGGCAGCUCCUGGCACGGCGGGACCCCAGCCUGCAGCCCCAGUGAACCUGCCUGGAAAGGGGAGUGGGCUUGCGGGAGCGGCCCGUGCCCAUGGAGGCAUCGCGGCAGGGUCAAGGGCAUGUGCGUGGUCUGGAGUCGCUGCUGGGGGCGGGGGGUGAGUGCUGGUUGCAAACCGAUGUCGCAAUAAAUCCGUCUUUCUAGCCA